GAGUGAGACCGUGUACAAUGUCUACAUUGUGCCUACCCUAAAAUAGGAAUACACAAUUUAAAUUAGGCGUACCUUAAAAAUAUAUACCGUACGUAACUUUCAAUAAAUAUAUAUUAUAUGAAAUUAAAAUAAAGCAGGAUAUGAGUUUCUUAUAUUGUUGUAAAUAAUUUAUUCAAAUAAUUAUUUGUUCAUUACAGUAAAUUACAGCUUUCACUUUUCAACUUUUUAGACCAGAACUUUAACUUUAAAAAAUUCUAGCUGAUCACUAAAUUUUAAUUUAAUUUACUAAAUCAUUAAAGUCUAAAUUGUAAAUUCACUAAAACUAAAUAAUAAUUUUAAUGAAAUAGUUAUAGUAUUGAAAAAUGUUGUUAGUUUAAGUUAUGAAUUAUUAGUUAAAGGCCUAUAUAGCUUAUAUAGUAUUAGUAUAUAAUAUAGUAUAUUCUAAAGAAAAAAGUUUAAAUUACAGUUAACUGUACACUAAUCACUAAUAGUAAUGAGUGAUCAAAAUGUGAUUUAACUUUUAACAAAAUAUGAUUAAAUGAUAGAAACAGGCAGGCCUACUUACUAAACUUAUCUAAAUUCUAACUUGAUCUAAGACUAUAGUUACAAGUAGAGGUAUAGAUUAAUUAGUAUAGGAGGCAUAGGGGGCCAUCCAUAAAUGACCACACGUCUAGGGGGGAGGGGUAUCAGAUUUUUGUGAUGAUGUGUGACGUGAUGGCGCUUAAGCAAUUCGACGUCACAUGGAAAGCUGAAUAUUAUAGUAAAGAGUUGCAGUUAAAAACCCUAAAUUACAGACAUUUUUAACAUUAUUCUUUUAUACAACAAUUAUAAUUAUUUGGCAGUGUCUACACGCCCGGCGACUGGACAAAUAGUGCGGUAGAUAUUCUUCCGGCGGGCAUUUCACGUGACCGCCGGACGACUAGUAUGUGUUAUUAUUCCAGCAGACAUGUCAUGUGACAAGAGGUCGCCGGCAAAAUUUUAUUGCACAAGAAGUAAGCUACCCCAACAAACAUCAUAUUGGCCCUCUAUUGAGAUGUUGGGUCUAGUUCUUUGGGAACUUUCGACCUCCCCGCCUUAAUUAUUUAUCAUCCUCACUAUCAUUUAUAUCCUUUCUCUCUAGCUCUCAAAUAUUUCUUCCUUCUAGUAUGCAUUGCUCUCCACACCCCCCCCCCCCCCCCCCUCUUAUUUCUUGAAAUAAAGUGUAUACAUGCAUCUCCGUCGCCAGUUUUAUGAUCGACUAUUAGAGGUCACUUGAAAAGGCUAACGGACAGAUAUUUCGCCCAAAUUUGUUACGGUGGUCAUGUGACCUUGUCGCGGGACGAAUAUCUCGAGAAAUGAUUCUUCCGGUCGCUGACAUGUAGACACUUCCUAAUUUUUUUACUUUAAAACUAUAAUCACUGAGAGAAUCAAUACAGGUAUGCGAGGUCUGAAAAGUGGCCUCUGAUCAAGUUACAGGAUGCCACGGAGGAGGAGAAUCGGGAUGUAGUUACAAUGACAGUCGUGAGAAUUUUAAAUGUGGACACGGGAGUCAUAGAAGUAGUACUAGCACGGUAAAUGGGAUGGAAUGGGGAAAAAUGUUUGACCCAAGGGGGUGGGUGGGGGGCAAUCUUAGUAAAUGCUCUAGGGCAGGGAUUCUUAACCCUUUUUUCAGCGCUGCAGGCCCACUCUGUUUUAAACACCACCACCCCCCCCCCCCCCCCUUUUCCUUUUUUUUGUAAAAAAUUUAAAAUAUGAAAAUAAUUAAAUAAUUUAGUUAUUUUAGUUUUAUUUCUUUGAUUACCUUUAUAAAAACAAAAAAAAAAAACCAAUACAAGCAGUGCGCAAAAAAAAAAAUUCACCAGAAAAACUUUUGAUAAUCAAGAUGCAUAAAAACUAAUUUUUGAAAUUUUUUUUUUUAACAGCAACAACUAGCAAUGGCAGCAAAUACAAUUUUCUGGUCUUCCGUAUCUCAGGGAUGGGGAGAUACUUUUACCCCUGGUUAAGAACCACUGUUCUUGUGAAAUGUUUCUGACAUGGUGCAGUAAUUUUAUGUCCAUGGGAAGUGAAUUUCUUAAGGGUUUGUAGAGGUCAGUAGUGGACACAGAAUUUUUAGAGUGGGGGGGGGUGUAGAGAUUUGUGACGUUAUAUUGUUAUAUUUGAGGGGGGGUCUAACUUUUUAUGACGAUGGUGGGAGGGGGGUAAAAAAUCUGCAAAAUUUGCAUGACAUCAUUUAUGGAUGGCCCAUAGGGCAGUAAUCAGCAAACUCAUUAGUCAAAAGAGCCAAAAAUCAGCAGCAGGACAAUUAAACAUUUUUUUGAGAGCCAAAUUUCUUUUCAAGAACCUGUAAAGAACCAUGGGCUUACGGAAACCAUGUUUUUCAGAGUCAAAACCGAUUAGUGGCCGGCUGGCAGAGUGACACUCAAGUCACUAAAGAGCCGCAUGCGGCUUGCCAGCCUCUAUUUACCGACCAAUUGUAUAGGGCCUAAUAAGAAGUUAAUGGGAUAAUUUUUUAAAUUUAUGCCUAUAACUUUAAAAAUAAAAUAUAAGAAUAUUGAAUGUCUAUAAUUAUAAUAUAAAAUAAUAUUAUUAAUAAUAAUAAAACUAUGUAGCCUUGGCUGCCAUUGCAAUGGGAUGGUACAAUACCUGUACAUCAUUCAUAGCAUUGCUUAUUUAUUUGAAAUAUUUUCUUAAUUCAGUAAAGCUGAAAUUUUUAUAAAAUAGCUUUAUUCCAGCACUGUUAGUCAUCUCGAGUUAAACUAAUUCCCAGGCUUGUUGGAACUAGGAGAGAAAAGUGAGAUGCAAAUAUAUUUGCCACCAUUCUGAUGUAGCAUGAACAAAUUAACUAAGGAUUUUAUUUGAUAGAAAUCACAGAUUAAUUGAUAUGUUUGAGUCAGUUGGUGAAGUUUAGGAGCGGCUAAAUGAGAUACAAUAAUAUUGAGUGGUAGCUAAAGUUUUAGAAAUAGUAUCCAAGAAAUUUGUCUGCAAAGGAAAUUUAGGUAGCCAGACUAUUUAGGUUGCAAAGAGUAACUUGUUUAAGUAGCUCCUUAUUGAAUUGCAUCCUAACAAGUUUAUUUGUUGGAAAUGGUUUGAUUUUAGCCAUCCAACUUUGUUUCAGGCAAAGAAGUAACAUAAAAAUAUGGACAUAGUAAUUUAAGUUUCUUUUAUAAGAUUUAACACUAGAUAUCGAAAAAUGUUCAGUCAACCAAUCCCUUACUUCACGUGAGGAUUAUUUAAAAGUAAAAAACUUACAUAUGUUUAUUAAUUAAAAAGCAAAAUAUAUGCUAGACUAAUACCAAUAUCUUCAGUAUUGGAUCGUGUCAACUAUGAUUCUGAGAGUGGUUAAAAUGGGAUAAGGGGUGGGGGACACUCAGGAUGAGUUGAUUGCCCAGGGACCGGUUUUCAGAAAAAAAGUUUGAGAACCACUGUUGUAGACUACUUAUUUCACUAUUUAGUUGUAUUUAGUAAAUAAUAUAAUUAUCCAAGUCAACUUGGCAUGAUCUUUUAUCAGAAAAAAAGUGGUAGUUACAAGUUUAUCUAUUUUUAGUACUGUCAAAGAAAAUCUCAUUUUGACACUACAUAGUCUGCCUUCUAAUGAUUAUUGACUUCCUAUAUUAGAAUUAUACAAUAUGUUUAUUAUUUUUUAUGAAGUCAUUUAAUAUUUAUUAAAUAAUAAUUUUAAAAUGUUAUGAAAAAAAAACCUUUUUGAAAUACAUUUUAUAGUAAAUAUAAUUAAUAUCAACACCUGUUUAUCAGUUUCAAUGUUCAAUUAUGGUUUAAAUCCUUACCUUUAACUGUGUGUGAAAAAUUAGAAAAGGCUUGACUUAAAAUAUUUAAUUGACUUCCUUUAUUAUAAUUAUACAAUAUGUUUAUUAUUUUUUAUGAAAUCAUUUAAUAUUUAUUAAAAAAUAAUUUUAAAAUGUUAUGAAAAAAAACCUUUUUGAAAUACAUCUUGUAGUAAAUAUCAUUAAUAUCAACAACUGUUUAUCAGUUUUAAUGUUCAAUUAUGGUUUAAAUCUUUAACUGUGUGUGAAAAAUUAGAAAAGACUUAAAAUAUUUAAUUCAUUCUCUUUCAUUCACAGUUUGUCUAAUGAGGUAGUCCAUUAAAUUAAAAUAUAUGUGAUUCAAAAUAUCAUAUUUAAUAUGAGAGCUGGAACUACCAGCUUAAAGUUAGAGGGUGAUGAGGACAUGGACCAAGAGGGAGCUGAAAGUGAUAAAUCUUCGGAUGAAGAAUCGCACUCCUGUUCAACAGAAGAAAUAGAGGAAGAUCAGGAGGAUGAAUCUCAAUCUGGUAAAUCUGAUGGAGGCUUUUUGCAGAUACAUUUGUUGUUUUGUUGUGUUCUUCUUUUCAGGCUUUCACAUACUUCAUUUUGCUCAUUUCCAUUUUUCUAAUCUGAUAGCAGUCUCUAACUCUUAUUACCUGCUUGCAGUCUCCCCUCUUAUUACCUGAUAGCAGUCUCUCCCCCUUAUUACCUGAUAGCAGUCUCUCCCCCUUAUUACCUGAUAGCAGUCUCUCCCCCUUAUUACCUGAUAGCAGUCUCUCCCCCUUAUUACCUGAUAGCAGUCUCUCCCUCUUAUUACCUGAUAGCAGUCUCUCCCUCUUAUUACCUGAUUGCAGUCUCUCCCCCUUAUUACCUGAUCGCAGUCUCUCCCCCUUAUUACCUGAUUGCAGUCUCUCCCUCUUAUUACCUGAUUGCAGUCUCUCCCCCUUAUUACCUGAUUGCAGUCUCUCCCUCUUAUUACCUGAUUGCAGUCUCUCCCCCUUAUUACCCGAUAGCAGUCUCUCCCCCUUAUUACCUGAUAGCAGUCUCUCCCCCUUAUUACAUUUUCACUUGUUUACUCGGGAGAUCUAAUUUUGUUUGAAAUACUUUUACAUGUGAAUGCUUAUCACAGGUUAACUUCCCCUUUUCUUGAAACGAUUAGCUCUGUUACAUCUCAUGGAAAGGGAAGGCACCAUGAGCAACUUAAAUCACAGGUUAACUUCCCCUUUUCUUGAAACAAGUAGCUCUGUUACAUCUCAUGGAAAGGGAAGGCACCAUGAGCAACUUAAAUCAUAGGUUAACUUCCCCUUUUCUUGAAACAAGUAGCUCUGUUACAUCUCAUGGAAAGGGAAGGCCCCAUUAGAAAACUUAAAAUCAGUAAACUGUGGAAGUAAUGUAUAAUAGUGAUUCAAAACUCUCCCUCAACUCAGACAUCAGACUUCUAUGUGGUAAAGAAUAUCUUAAUAGGCAAUAUUUAGCUCAGACAGCAAACUUCUGUGUGGUACAUAAUAUAUUUUAUAGGCAACAUUUAGCUCAGACAAUGAAAUUCUGUGACCAACAGUUGUCAUAGACCCCACCAUUUAAAGAGCACCAUCAGUUGUCAUAAGCCCACCAUACUAUUAGUUGUACACAUCUAUAAAAUUGACAAAACAAAGUAGUUGUACACAUGGUUUAUGAAAUUUAAAGUUGGGACAAUGCAAUAGUUAUCUUUGUGGUCUCUUUUUUUUUUACCAAUUCUCAAAGCUACACACCAGCAUGCUCGAUCUAUAAGUUCUGCUUUUGCCCCUAAAACCGAUUGAUUAAAUUCCCUUAAAAAUGUCUUUAUUUCUUUCACUCGCAAGGUCUCAAAUGCUUGUAAAGCUGCUGUUUUUGCCCUGAGCAAAGCCAUCUUUGUUGUUUUUUGUACUUCUCAAUAAAGCACAAUAAAUCUUGGGGACAAGGAAAGUAAUAACCCCAGUUGCACUUUCUUAUAGAGGGACAAUCGUCCGUAAUAUAUAUAAUUUCUUGGUUAAGUUAAGACUCUUUAAAAAAUAAUCUUGUCUAUUCUAAGGAAGCUAAAAGCCUAUUGGUCCAUUCAUAAUGGUCUUUGUCAGUUUACCAGUGUGUUUAGUUCCACACUGUAUGGAUUAGGUGAUUUUCUUCGUAUUGCUGAAGCACAGACUAUUUUAACAUUUGAUGUUUUACAAAAUUUUCAGCAUGCGCAUUAAUUUACUCUAAUCAGGUUUUUAUGAUGUAGAAGACUUUUUACAUCUCAUUAUUGUAACUAAUGAAAUAAUAUUGUCUCAAAGCAAUGGACACUCAGAUAUCAAUCUCCAAGCUUAAAAAAUACAAACUCCGUAUCAAUGCCUUCAUUUCUGUUUUACAGUAUAAGAUUAACAAAGUCCCUGCAAAUUUGUAUCCAAUCCAGACAUCCAAUAAAAUGGCAAAGAUUGAUUUGUGGAGAAAAAAACUAUAACUGAUUUAAAACACAACUAAAUAUAGAUAUUUCAGCUUUUCAUUUGUGUUGCAGGGGAUUUGAAAUGCAUGAUAAGUAUAUUGCAGCCCUUUGGACAUGGAAUUAUUCUUAUGCAACUGUUGGGGCGUGAAAUUAUUCUUAUGCAGCCCUUGGGGGCAUGGAAUUAUUCUAAUGCACCCUUUAUUAAGUUUAAGAUUUAGAACACUGAGUUUAGGGUUUUUUUGCUCUUAUUUCCAGAUAUUGAUGAAGCUGAGUGUGAAAGGCGGCGGCAUGAAUAUCUUGCCGAUAUGUCAGAGUUGGAGAAACAGUUUUGUGAACUCAAAGAACAGUAAGAGAGAAAAGUUUAACUUGUAAUAAAAAAAAGAAAUUAAACAAAUAUAUUUAUGCAAACUAAAGUUCUAAAGUUUGUCAAACUCUUCUCUUGAACAAAUUUAAAAUAACCAUAAAAAUAGAAGAUUGACAGUUUUAGUAAACUGAGACCAUCUCUCUCACUCUGUGGCAAAACUGGAACCUCUGGCCUUAACAAUAGGAGCUUUUUUUCAUUGUUGAGAUAUAUUUCUUUUUAUAGUACACAGGAUGCCAGAAAAUUUAAAACAACAUUGGGGAAAUGGAGAGAAAAGGAGGGGUGCAAAGCCCUCCCCUACUUUUAGCUUUGCUAUACCCCAAUCUCUUUACCAUGCACAUAUUAAGACUCAAAUGUACCGGUACUUACAAAAAAAAUGUAGGAAAUAUUUUUUAAACAGGGCAGUGUUAAGUUUUUAAAGGUUUUAUCACAUUUGUAGCCAUUCACUUUGCACUAAAGCCACUAAAUUAUUCUUAUGCAGAACAUCACUUUAUGUUUUUUAUUAUUUCAGAUUGUACACAGAACGACUUCAACAGAUAGAUGCUAAAAUUGUAGAAAUUCAGAAUAACAAGGCUACUGAAUACCUUCAUCCCUUGGCUCAAUUAGAAAAGCAGAUGGCAAUGAAAAAAAAAGUUGCAUGUCAGUAUAAUUUUUUAUUUAGCAAAUGCAUGUUUUAUUUUAUUUUUGUAUUACCUUGUUCUUCUUAGUACACCACCAAGUAUUUUGGGUCUUGCCCUUCCUCUUGAUCCUUGUGUGUUCCAUACCAGUGCAUGUCUAGUUAUAUUUUUCAUCAGUUUUCUUAUCCAUCUUUUUUAAAUGAGCCCCAAAAUGCUGUACUUCAUCUCUUCUGCCAUCUGGCAAACUCUUCCCAUCUCAUGUAAACAUGUACAUUCCAGUUGCCAACUUAGGUGAGGUAUUCAGCAAUCCAGCUCUCUUUAAUUCCUCAUCUCUGCUGCCAUCUGGCAAACUCUUCCCAUCUCAUGUAAACAUGUACAUUCCAGUUGCCAACUUAGGUGAGGUAGUCAGCAAUCCAGCUCUCUUUACUUCCUCAUUUCUGCUGCCAUCUGGCAAACUCUUCCCAUCUCAUGUAAACAUGUACAUUCCAGUUGUCAACUUAGGUAAGGUAUUCAGCAAUCCAGCUCUCUUUUGGCUUUGUCUAGUCUGCUUCAUAAUCUCUCUUGCGAUGAUUUGGGAUGGGUUUUUAUUCUAAUUUAUAGAAUUUUUUUUUAACACUCUCAUUUUGUUAGGGUUUAAAAACUUUUCAAUUGUGUCAUUUUUAUAGACAUUAGACGAGAGAUGGCACUGGCAAGUAUCAAACAGAAAUUUGAAAGUGAGGAAUUAGCAGCUUUUCAGCACAUGGAAGUAAGCAAAUAUUUUUUUCUUGGAGAAAAUUUCAUCAUUACAAUCACUUGUAUGAUAUUUCUUUGAUGACUCAUUUUAUUUUUGGAAAUAUUUUAGGGUGGUCAGCUCAUGUGCGGGUCAUAGGAGAUUUGUAUAAAUUUUCUUUUAGUACUUUAUAGAAAACCAUCAUUAUCAAGAAAAGUAAUUAACUUAAGUCAACAUAAAGCCGUGUGAAAAAUUGGGUCACAUGUACUGGCGUAACUUUGCAAGUGCCUUGAUUAACUGUACUUUAUAAGUAUCAAUAUAUGUUGUGCAGACAUUGAAUUUUAAAAUUUUAUUAGAUCUUAAUAGCAGUUGAAAUCCAUCUUUAUGACAGUUAAUGUUUGCUAACCGCUUGUGACCUAUUUUUAAUACCAGUAUAAUAAGAUCUGUGCUUGGGCAACUUGUUAGUUGAUUUUUACAGCAAAAUAUUGGCUUAUGUAAUUAAAUUUCUACAACCUAACACUAAUCACAAUAUUGGCUUAUGUAAAUAAAAUUCUACAAACUAACACUAAUCAGAAUAUUGGCUUAUGUAAAUAAAAUUCUACAACUUAACCUUAAUGAGAAUAUUUGCUUACUAGAUAUAGCCCGCCAAACAUUGGCAACAGCAAUGUGUGAACUUCCCAUCUACUAAAGUUACUUGACAAAAACGUGAACUCAAGUUAUGCACAUUUAAGAAUGCCAAUUUUGCUACACCCCUUUUCUCCCCCCUCCCCCCUUUUUUUUUCAUGAUACGCAACCCCCGGCUUAGCAGAUGUCGCGAGAUGGCUGGCAAGCAAGGGUGGUGCAGGAAGUGGGGGGGAGGGGGAGCUCCACCGCAGUGCAUAUGUCUCGAGACCAACGAUGGGCAGGCAAGGGAACUGAGGGGAGGCUUUGCCUGCGUCUUGCUUGCUCUGGCGUAUCUAUAUAUAGCCUGCGUGAUUUUGGUCUUCUUAUUUGCCCUACUUUCUGGCGAAUUAUAUAUAUAGAUGUAAAGACAAUGCUACAACCUAACCCUAAUCAGAAUAUUUGCUUAUGUAAAUAAAAUUCUACAACCUAACCCUAUUCAGAAUAUUUGCCUUUGUAAAGACAAAUCUGCAACGCAUUUUUUCGCAAAGGAGAUAAAGAAAAUAUUGAUAAAAUAAACAAUAAAGAUACUUCGAGCAAGUACUUCUUUAUGUCAUUUUUUAUGUGUGAAAAUUCUUUUUCUCCUUCUGUCUACUUCUACCGAAGAGACAUUAUGGGGAGGUGUGAGGCCUGCUUAAGAUUCAUGUUGUCGACUUUAUUGACUGACUGCAGGCUUUGUCUCCCCCUGGCCCUGAAACUGGAUUGCUUGCUAUUGUAGGAAUACAUUGCAUGUUGGUUCAGUACCCUAGCUUAGGGCUGGGUUCACGAUGCUGCACAUAAAAAUAUUAGCAAACAUAAUCAUGAAAUUAAAAAAUUACAUUCAUUUAUUUAAUUAAAAAACAUCUGUUAAAAAAAAAAAGAAAUAUAUAUUCACCCCAGCCACCCCAGAACUAUUUACAUGUCAAGCCAUGGACGAAUCUGUGGAAGGGGUGCAUAGACAGAAAGAAUUUCGGUUAGAUAAGAAGCACAGGCAUCCGAGAAAAAAUUGUGGCAGAAAACAGACCAGGUGACCAAACCAAUUAAUUUGUGGUGGGCCAUAUACUGUCUGAUUGGUACGGAACUGACCCUAACCCUAACCUAGUGGGCCAUAUACUGUCUGAUUGAUACGGCACUGACCCUGUAAAUCAUUUGUCUUAUUUCCUGGUUCCAAAUGCGGUCCUUUCUUGUUUUACCAGCUGCUCUCAUUCAACAUCUCAUCAUGCUGGUAAAGGGUUUUUUGGCGGAGAGUUUAAGUGUCGGGUUCUGGUAGCAGGCCUGGUGCAAAGCAGCUACUCAUUUGAGUAAUGGCUGGUUGACGAUGCUCCUAAAAAUGCUUCUAGAUGUCACUUAGUUACCUAGAUGGCACUUAGUGACCUAGAUGACACUUUGUGACUUAGGUGGCACGUAGUCACCUAGAUAGCACUUAGUGACCUAGGUGGCAUGUAGUGACAUAGAUGCUCUUAAUGGCCUAGAUGGCAAAUAGUGACAUAGAUGCAGAUAGUGACCUAGAUCAGUGGUCCCCAAACUUUUUAUCACCGCGGACCGGUCAACGUUUGAUAAUUUUACUGCGGCCCACUGAGGGGUUGGGGGGGGGGGGUGGUUUUGGUUGUUGACUGCCCUCUUUGCCCCAUUCUCAUGGCUCUGCCUGAGGGCAACAUGGCACCCAGAGCGACACAUAAUAUGGGGACCACUGGGCUGGCCAAAUUGUUGCAUCUCAUUUUUUAAAAAAAAUUAUCCUGUGAUGUCACAAUUACCCAUAAAAUUGUUUGAUGUCNCCCCCGCCUGUAUGGUUCCAGUUGCUGUGAGCCUUUGGGUCUGUACGUCCGUAAUUAUCGUCCAGAAAAUCUCGUAAGCUUAAAAUUAGAAAUAAUUAAAAAUUUUCUUGGGCGGCCCGGUACCAUUUGAUCCACAGACCAGUCUGUGGCUCUGGGUUUGGGGACCACCGACCUAUAUAACACUAAGUGACCUAGGUGGAACGUAGUGACAAAGAUGCGGUUAGUGACCUAGAUGACACUUAGUGAACUAGGUGGCACAUAGUGAACUAGGUGGCACAUAGUGACAGAUGCACUUAGUGACCUAUAUGACACUUAGCUACCCAUGUGGCAUGUAGUGACAUAGAUGCACUUAAUGACCAAGAUGAAAAUUUCAUUUAUUGUUCAUCAUCAUUAUGUCCCUUAGUCCUUGGACCGUUGGGGCGCCACAGAUGACAUGAAAACUAUACUUCUCCAUUCUUCUCUUUUUUCUGCAGUUCCCACAGCAUCGCAUAGUUUUAGUCCCGUCCACUCUUUAAUGUUAUCUUCCCAUCUUUUCAUCUGUCUUCCUCUUCUUCUCCCACCUGUUGUUGUGCCCUACAUGAUUUCUUUGGCGAGCCCUUGUUUUCUUGUCACAUUUGCAUUCCAGUUUGCGCUUUUUACAGUCACCAGGAGGUCACCAUAUUGCCCAAUUGCUUGAUAAAUCCUUUCUUUCACUUGUUUGUUAGAGAUAUGGUCUCUAUAGCAGAUUCCAAGAAUGCUUCUGAAACAUCUCAUCUCCAUCGCCUUUAUUUUUCUUUCAAGUUCUGCUGUUAAUGUCCAGGACUCGCAGGCAUACAAGAAAAUGGAGAGGACUAAUGAGCGCAUCAGCCUGAUUUUGAUGCUGGGGGCUAUAGUUUUGUCAUUCCAUAUUUUAUUGAGCCUCUUUAGUGCUGUUGUGGUCUGGGCAAUCCUGGACAUCAAUUCGGGCUUGGAGCUUGCUUCCGAGACUAUUGCUCCUAGGUAUUUGAAGCUGCCUACUGUCUCUAAUCUUUACUCCCCGACCUUAAUUUCAUUUAUUGUUACCUAACCAUUAAAUUAAAAACAAAAUGAACUGUAUUUUUUGUAAUUGAAAUAAGUGUAAUUUGUAAUUCAAAUAAUUUAAAUUGAAAUAAUUUUAAUUCAAGUAAUUGUAAUUGAAGUAAGUGUAAUUCAAGUAAUUUGAUGCCUGGAGAAAACCUUGAUUCAGCAAGUGCAUGCGCUUAGAAUUUAAAAGUUUAGGGGCCAGUGAGCUACCGGGUAGACCAAAGACAAUAAAUAGGUCAUGAACUAAAGUCACUAAUUACCACUAUUUCCUUUGGUAUUUGGAAGACUGUCAGAGUAUUGGUGUCCUUUUAAUCAUCUGUGCAUAGAGUUGCAGACCUAUGGGGUGCGAGUGGGGUCUUGUGACUGUCCUGGGUAGUACUAUUGGCAUUUAUAUUUAUGUCAUGUGUAUGUUUGUUAGGGGAUCUACUUCAUCUAGUCAAGAUAUGUCACUGUAUACAUGUGUUAUUAAAUUUGCAUAUAAACGGGGAAAAAAUUGGUGGCUCUUUUCUUUGAUGCAUGAUCUUUCUGAUUUGUUUGAAGAUUUAUGUUGUCCCUUUGAGGUUUUGGUGAGGCCCUUACCCAAAUCUUUCUGAUCGGCUAGGAGAUGUAAGUUUAUCACUGUGAGGUUUUGGUGAGACCCUAACUCAAAUCUUUCUGAUAGGCUAGGGGAUGUAAGUUGUCACUGUGAGGUUUUCUUGAGACCCUAAUCCAAAUCUUUCUGAUAGGCUAGGAGAUGUAAGUAGUCUCUGUGGGGUUUUGGUGAGGCACUUACCCAAAUUUUUCUGAUAGGCUAGGAGAUGUAAGUUGUCACUGUAAGGUUUUGGUCGACUAGAAAAAUCAGUUAGUAUUAACAAUUAUUUGGAACUUGUAGUUUUCAACUGUGUGAUGGACUUAUUGAGCAUGAAACUAAACUCAAUAGUUGAAAAACUGCCAGAGGCAUCAGUCUCAUUCUACUUACUUUGAUAACAGUUUCUUGUGUCCAAUUAAACUGUUUUUCCAUACCGGUCUUAUAUUAUUGUAAUGUAUUUGGCUCUUUAAGCUCUAUUCUAAAAAGUGGACAAAAUCUGAUCAUUUUAAAUAUAUUAUUACAUGGGUUAAUAAUAUAUUUAAAUCUUUACCAAUCAGUAUUCUACCAAUGUGUGUAGUUGUGUUUAUAACAAGGCUUCUGAUGUCAUAUUAAUAUCACAGACCAACUUAAACAAAAAUCAUUCUUGAGGUUCUUAGCUUGUUCCUUGUGCUAUUUGGGACUCAACAGAUUAUAUGCACGUUUUAAAAGAUUAGGGGGCAGAAUAAUUGCCUUGCUCUGGGCACUGACAAGCCAUGGUGCGCCAUUGUGUCUAUAAUGCUGUUGAACAUUGUGAUCACGCAAUGCAAAACAUUGUGAUCAUGCAAGGCUGUUUGAUGUGGGAGUUGACCAUUAGCUGCGUCAUAUUUGCAUAAAAGAUUUUUAGAUUUCAAGAUUUUUUAUUCACAUUUGGAGACCACACUUAAAGGAAAUUUUUUUUUAUAUGGUCUAGUUGUGAGAAUUUUUGUUUUUUAUUUGAAAAGAAUCUGAAAAUUGACCUUAUGUGUUCCUAUCUGAAUAGGUACAGUAUAUUAAUAUGUAUAAAUAAUAAAAUGGUUUUACAAAUGUAUUUAAUUCUGAAACUGCACAAAGUAGUAGUAGUUGGAGAAAUUAAAACAGUUUAUAUAUCAUCUUUACUGUAUUAUAAGUCCUCUUUACAGUAUGAUAUAUCAUUUUUGCCGCAUUAGAUUUUUUAAUGUAAAUCUCUAUCUAUUGAAAAUUAAAUUCAUUAACCUCAAUGUAUAAUUGAAUUGAAAAGUUUAUUUUCAUAAUUUCAGAGUGAAAAAGUUCUUUUAUAUGAUACCAUUAAACAUGAAUUAGAGGAUAAAAUUCGGCGGUUGGAAGAAGACAGACAUAAUAUUGAUAUUAAUUCUGGUAAAUAACUUAUUUGUAUUGUUUGUUGGAGUGUUAUUUAGAAAUUAACUCAGAGAUUCCCACAUUUUUUAAUUUCAUCACUGAUUUUCUCCAAAGCGCCCUGUGCCACAUUCUAAUUAUUGCUCUGCAAAAUAACACAUUUUUUUGUUAUAGAUUUCACUUUCAGUCUUUUGUAAGAAAGAUCCAUUUUCAAAAACAACAAGCGAGAAGAAAUUACUUCACUUGACUUCAUUUUUGUCUGAUCAUUAUUUGGUGCACAUCUUUUGUCUGAUCAUUAUUUGGUGCACAUCUUUUGUCUGAACAUUAUUUGGUGCACAUCUUUUGUCUGAACAUUAUUUGGUGCACAUCUUUUGUCUGAACAUUAUUUGGUGCACAUCUUUUGUCUGAACAUUAUUUGGUGCACAUCUUUUGUCUGAACAUUAUUUGGCGCACAUCUUUUGUCUGAGAGAUGUCUGCAGCAUCUUUUUUUUUUCCUUAAAAUUUUUUGGCCGAUUUUUUUUUGUCCAUAUAAUUCCAAAUGGAAAAAAGUAUAUUGUAAUUUGUGUGCUCAUUUUUGUCUGAUAACAUUAUAGCUAAUGUUUGAAAGCUUUAUAAAUUUUUGCAUUUUCAGAUCUUUGGCAAGAAACUCAAAUACUGAAAAAAAAAAAGAAAACGGAUCCCUUACAUCCAGAACGGAGAAGAAAACCUCAAACUGUUUCUGAUAUCCUUCCUUUACGUGAACUGUUUCUAAUAUCCUUUCUUUACGUGAACUGUUUCUGAUAUCCUUUCUUUACGUGAACUGUUUCUAAUAUCCUUUCUUUACGUGAACUGUUUCUGAUAUCCUUUCUUUAUGUGAACUGUUUCUGAUAUCCUUCCUUUACGUGAACUGUUUCUAAUAUCCUUUCUUUAUGUGAACUGUUUCUGAUAUCCUUUCUUUAUGUGAACUGUUUCUGAUAUCCUUCCUUUACGUGAACUGUUUCUAAUAUCCUUUCUUUAUGUGAACUGUUUCUGAUAUCCUUUCUUUAUGUGAACUGUUUCUGAUAUCCUUCCUUUACGUGAACUGUUUCUAAUAUCCUUCCUUUACGUGAACUGUUUCUGAUAUCCUUCCUUUACGUGAACUGUUUCUAAUAUCCUUCCUUUACGUGAACUGUUUCUGAUAUCCUUCCUUUACGUGAACUGUUUCUAAUAUCCUUUCUUUACGUGAACUGUUUCUAAUAUCCUUUCUUUAUGUGAACUGUUUCUAAUAUCCUUUCUUUAUGUGAACUGUUUCUAAUAUCCUUUCUUUAUGUGAACUGUUUCUGAUACCCUUCCUUAACGUGAACUGUUUCUGAUACCCUUCCUUUACGUGAACUGUUUCUAAUAUCCUUUCUUUAUGUGAACUGUUUCUGAUACCCUUCCUUUACGUGAACUGUUUCUGAUACCCUUCCUUUACGUGAACUGUUUCUGAUACCCUUCCUUAACGUGAACUGUUUCUAAUACCCUUCCUUUACGUGAACUGUUUCUAAUACCCUUCCUUUACGUAAACUGUUUCUAAUACCCUUCCUUUAAGUGAACUGUUUGUGAUAUCCUUCCUUUACGUGAACUGUUUCUGAUAUCCUUCCUUUACGCGAAGUUUUUGUUAAUAUACUUCCUUUACGUGAACUGUUUCUGAUACCCUUCCUUUAUGUGAACUGUUUCUGAUAUCAUUCCUUUACAUGAACUGUUUCUAAUAUUCAAUUACUUUCUUUACGUGAACUGUUUUUCAUAUCCGUGCUUUAAGCAAAUUGUAUCUGCUAUCCUUUACGUCAGGCCUGCACAACAUACAGCUUGCGGGCUUAGGUUAACCUAACCCACUUGGUGGCCCGCAAAGUAACGAAAUAUUCCUUAUUAUUAUUAUUUUCAAAAUAGCUAUGCCCCUGUCCUAAAAUCUUUCUGGCCGCACAAGUUUUUCAUAAAUUGUGUUUUCCCCCUUACAUGUUGCGUUGUGCUGGCCUGCAUCACGUGAUUAGUAACGAAUUAUUAUUUUGGAAUAAUAAAAAAAAAAGCGGGGGUCAACCACUGGGAAAAAAGUUGGGGAAACUCACCCAAAAUCCACACCUCCCCUACCCAAAAUUAGUAUUUUUUGCUUAGAUUUGUAAGCUCUCCUUUCGCUCAGCUUCACCCAUAUUACCUUUCCCCUACUUUGGGACCAAGCCAUGUGGAUACAACCGUUACAAAACUUCCGCAACUCUAAUAGAUGUAUCAAACACUUUUGAAAUAUUGCGCAAGAAAAAUAGUGUCCUAUCUCCAAGAUUCAUGUUUCUUUAUUUAUUAAUGUCAAUAUAUUAUGUGCCAACUAUUUUUUGACACAAGGGGAUCCAAAAUUCAUGUCUAUUUAUUUAUUUAUGUCUAUAUGAUUUAUGUUAUGUGCCAACUAUUUUUUUGACAUGAAGUUUAAAAGCCACAUCCUAACAAUAAAGUAAAAUAAAGUUUAAAAGACAUAUCCCAACAUUGAAGUAACCUAAAGUUUAAAAGCCACCUCCUAAAUAACCAAAAGUUUAAAAGCCAUAUCCUAACAUUGACGUGAAGUUUAAAAGCCACAUCCUAACAUUGAAGUAAUGUAAAGUUUAAAAGCCAUAUUUUAACAUGGCUUCUAGACUUCUUGCCCACCAUGCAAUCCAUAACAUUUAUUUGAAAUUUUUUUGUAAAACGUGAAAAACGUCAUGUUGAAUUUUUAUCUUGUACCUUAAAUUCAAGUUCGGUGAGGGACAGGGUUAACGUAACCUUUAUUUCAAGUUUGAAUGAAAAUUCCUUAAUCUUCUUAAGUCCAUAUAUUGUCUACAUGGUUAAAGACACAGAUGUCAUGGAUGACUGGAUGCUGGUGAAAAAGGUAGGCCUACAGUUCUAUUUAAAAACAAGUUGUGGAGAGGGCUGAAUAUUUUUAUAUGGUGUAAUUUCAUUUUUGUUCAGAUCGAAAUGGGCAACCUUUUUUUGUGUGAGGAGACAUUUUUUAUAAGUUAUGAUUUUUAUAUCUAUAACUAUAAAGAAAAUAUUGUGGAGUCACAUAUCAUUAUAGAUAAGUGAUGAAAAGUCAAAAGACAAUAUUGUGGCGUCACAUAUCAUUAUAGAUAAGUGAUGGAAAGUCAAAAGACAACAUUGUGCAGUCACAUAUCAUUAUAGAUAAGUGAUGGAAAGUCAAAAGACAAUUUUGUGGAUUCACAUAUCAUUAUAGAUAAGUGAUGGAAAGUCAAAAGACAAUAUUGUGGCGUCACAUAUCAUUAUAGAUAAGUGAUGGAAAGUCAAAAGACAACAUUGUGCAGUCACAUAUCAUUAUAGAUAAGUGAUGGAAAGUCAAAAGACAAUUUUGUGGAUUCACAUAUCAUUAUAGAUAAGUGAUGGAAAGUCAAAAGACAAUAUUGUGGAUUCACAUAUCAUUAUAGAUAAGUGAUGGAAAGUCAAAAGACAAUAUUGUGCAGUCACAUAUCAUUAUAGAUAAGUGAUGGUAAGUCUAAAGACAAUAUUGUGCAGUCACAUAUCAUUAUAGAUAAGUGAUGGAAAGUCAAAAGACAAUAUUGUGCAGUCACAUAUCAUUAUAGAUAAGUGAUGGAAAGUCAAAAGACAAUAUUGUGCAGUCACAUAUCAUUAUAGAUAAUUGAUGGAAAGUCAAAAGACAAUAUUGUGCAGUCACAUAUCAUUAUAGAUAAGUGAUGGAAAGUCAAAACAAAAUAUUUCAAAUCCAGUCAAGCCGUUUAAUACACCUCGGCAUUAGGUUCACUGCCUCUUCAACACCACAUAGCUCACCAACCACAGGAGAUACAAAUAUUUGUUUUAAGGACGUUAUCUGUUUUUUCCGCAGAAAUACCAGCAUUAACAUGACCUUGCUUUUAGCAAGUUCCCAUUUUAUGGACCCCAAAACUUCAGUGAUCUGAACUGCUCCUGUCUUUUCCCCAAAACUUCAGUGAUCUGAACUGCUCCUGUCUUUUCCCCAAAACUUCAGUGAUCUGAACUGCUCCUGUCUUUUCCCCAAAACCUUCAGUUAUCUGAACUGCUACUGUCUUUUCCCCCAAAACUUAAGUUAUCUGAACUGCUUUAGUCUUUUCCCCAAAACUUCAGUGAUCUGAACUGCCCCUUUCUUUCCUAAAAAAAAUUAAGUUAUCUGAACUGCUUUAGUCUUUUCCCCAAAACUUCAGUGAUCUGAACUGCCCCUUUCUUUCCCCCAAAACUUCAGUUAUCUGAACUGCUUUAGUCUUUUCCCCAAAACUUCAGUUAUCUGAACUGCCUCUGUCUUUCCCCCAAAACUUCAGUGAUCUGAACUGCCCCUGUCUUUUCCCCAAAACUUCAGUGAUCUGAACUUCUCCUGUCUUUUCUCCCAAAACUUCAGGUAUCAGAACUGCUCCUGUCUUUUAUAAUUACUAUUAUAUGCGCAUGGGACAUUUGGGUAAAAACACUGGAAAUUGAUUUGGGGCCCUGUGGCACAAAACCGAUUAUAAAUAUUGAUACGGUAUGUCAGGGUUGUUAAGAGCAUAAUUAUCAACAACUUUUUAUGAAAAUAUUUCAGGCUUUGAAGCAACAAUCUCAAAAGAGAAAAGCGGAAUGUAAGUUUCUUUAGAAUGUUAUUUUUAAAGUAAUGUAUCGGGCCUAUUGUUUAGAACAUGAGAUGUAGUUGUAUAAGGUGAACACACAUAUCCAUCCUUGCAAAUUUAAAAAGAUACUUUGAUAAAAAUUUUGACUGAAUAAUCUUCUCCCUUAAGGUACCACAAUAAAAUCUAGAGUGAUUGCACUAGAUUCAGGUAUGACUUUAUUCAGGUAUUGAAUAGACUCAGGUUAUAACUCUCCUUUUAACUCUUUGUCUUACAGUGUGACGUUUGGUGCACUGCGAACGCUUCAAGAACUCAAGAUAUUUGCACUAUUUUGUAAUAAAUAUCUGCUAUUGAAUAUUCUGCUGGGUCUUGCUUUUAUUCGUGACUUAUUUGACCAAAGUAGCAUUCCUUUUUAAAUAGCUGUCUAGGGCUGCAUAGGAUUAGUUCAAACAGUUUUGUCCCAUUGUACUAAAAAGUGGGAUUAGUUCAAACAGUUUUGUUCUAUUGUACUGAGAAGUUGGAUUAGUUCAAACAGUUUUGUCCCAUUGUACUGAGAAGUGGGAUUAGUUCAAAAAAUUUUGUCCCAUUGUAUUAAGAAGUGGGAUUUGUUCAAAUAGUUUUGUCCCAUUGUACUGAGAAGUGGGAAUAGUUCAAACAAUUUUGUCCAAUUGUACUGAGAAGUGGGAUUAGUUCAAACAAUUUUGUCCCAUUUUACUCAGAAGCUGAUUCUUUAUAGGCUUUAAUCUUGACAAUGAACGUACCCCUGUACAGUUGGUUAUCACAAACGUACUCCUGUACAGUUGGUUAUCAUGAACGUACUCCUGUACAGUUGGUUUUAAUUAACGUACCCCUGUACAGUUGGUUAUCACAAACGUACUCCUGUACAGUUGGUUAUCAUGAACGUACUCACGUACAGUUGGUUACCAUGAACGUACCCCUGUACAGUUGGUUAUCAUGAACGUACUCCUGUACAGUUGGUUACCAUGAACUUACCCCUGUACAGUUGGUUAUCACAAACAUACUCGGGUAUCACAAAUGUACUCCUGUACAGUUGGUUAUCAUGAACGUACUCCUGUACAGUUGGUUAUCAUGAACGUACUCCUGUACAGUUGGUUAUCAUGAACGUAC